GGAUUGUGCACGGCAGCUCGUCUUUCCUACCUCCUCCAGCUGCCCUGCCUCCUGUAAGGAAAGGAGUGGCUGUCCACACACAUGCAACGCGCUGCUGUCACACGCACGGGCUUUGGGCGACUUCAUUGGUUUUGGUUUGAGAUAACCUGCAUCAGGACACACAGACCGAGUCACCGACACAUGCACUCAUGUGCUGUUUGACAGUCUUUCUACGUGACUGAUCCAGCUCAGCAAUAAGGUAGGUGAUGGCGAACCGCAAAGACAGACGCAGGGAUCGACCCCCCGUGGAGGAGAGCUAUGGAGAGAGGAGCAGCUCCCCUUGCCCAGGAGACACCCUUCCCUGGAACCUGUCCAAACACCAGAGGGUGAAACGCUCCAAGUCGGCGUCAGGGGAGGUCCUGGAUCCAGCAGAGCGGGCUGUAUUCCGCAUCGCAGAAUGCUGCUGCCGGAAUAAGAGGAAGUUUGGAUAACUUUAACACCUACAAUAGGUCUGCAUCCACAUCCUGUACCGCUCUUCCUCUCUUCACGAGAAGGCCAGGCCAGGCUGUGUCAGCACCCGUGGGUGAGGCUGAGCCUUUGUUGUGAGCUCUGCUGACUGACUAACUCCCUGCUAUAAAAUCACUGACUGUACUUUGAUGAGGAUGUUCGAGAGGGGUGUCAGAAGUGGACUAUGCACAGUUCUUGUCAGCUGUAAUCUGCUGGUUCUGAUCCAGCUCCUCUAAAAAUGGAUUCAAUCCCACCGUUCUGAGAUUUAUUAAAUAUUUUCACCACCAGCUUGACAUAUGCUAAAGUACACUGUAUCUGCCAUUUUGGAAUACAAGAAACACAACUUGGUUUUCUGAAACAUUAAAGGCUGAAUAUGUGACAUUUUACACAUAAAUAUGGCAUAAAUUAUUUUAAAAUAA